UGCAUUCGGGGCCGGCAAUGCCUGUGCCCUUUGUUUGUCUCAUCCACCUUCUCCUUUUCUAUAUUAUACAUACCAUUCUUCUUCCUUUCUCAGAUCUCUCUCUCUCUCUCAAAUAGCUUCCAUGGAAGAAGAGGAUACGGAUCCAUCGCCCCCGGAAACUGCUGGCAGAUCGUACGAGUGUGUCUUCUGCAAGAGAGGCUUCACAACUGCACAAGCCUUAGGUGGACACAUGAACAUUCAUAGAAAGGACAAGGCCAAUAACAGAACUAAACCUACUACUACUUUUCUUAUUCCUUCUUCUUUGAUAAGUUCUUCUUCAACUCAACUUCAUAAUUCCGAUCAUCAUCUCGGCUUCUAUUACUUUUCAUCAUCAACUUCCAGACGGAAUACCUAUGAGGUUCAUUCUGAUUGUUCUUCUUCCAAUCAAGGUUAUUUUCCUCCACCAAAGGAGAGAAACUUGAGUUCUUGCAAUAAUAAUAAUAAUAAUAAUCCAUCAUCGUCAUCAUGUGUUGCUCAAGUUAAAGACAAGGUACAAGAUAACAGUGAUGAAGGUGGCGGCCUUGAUUUAGAGCUCAGACUUGGUCAUCAUCAUCCUUAAUUAAUUAAUAACUAGCAUGCAUAUUAUAUUAUUGUUAUGUCAUACAUAGCUUGAAGCUUCUUCAAUGGAGAAAUAAUGAUGGCUUAAUUAUUGCUCUGGAUCCAUCCAUUUUCUGAUGAGAAAUAAGGCAGCAGGUACUACUGAACUUAUUACCUUUUUAUCCACAAAAAUUGUGUAGCCACAUCAUAUUCUAGGGUUUCUAUUCUUAUAUAUACCAGAAGCUCCUAAUUCAUAUAUAUUAUGUGAAUUAAUUAAUUAUUGUAAUUUUUUUUCUAAAUAAAUCUAUAUAUUACAUAUGCAUAUACUUCCAA